AUGUGCCGGCUACUUGUGACCGCAGCCUCAUCCUUCAGGCUGGUGUGUUACUAUAACAGCUUGGCCGAAAACAGAGAGGAAGAUGGGAAGUUCACAAUUUCAGAUGUUGAUCCAAACCAGUGCACCCAUCUGAUCUACGCUUUUUCCGACAUUAACAAUGCAAACAAGCUGGUUCCCAGCAGUGCAACCGACUUUCAAAGCUAUAAGUCAUUUAAUGAUCUCAAAACCAGAUUCAGUAUGAUGGUGUCAACACAGCGAAACAGAACAACGUUCAUCCAGUCUGUGAUCACACUACUGAGGAACUAUGGGUUUGAUGGGCUGAACCUGGACUGGAGAUACCCUAGAAGAGCACGAAGCCGACCAGAAGACAAGCAGAAAUUUACACUGUUGUGCAAGGAGCUCAAAGACGCCUUUGUGGCUGAAGGGACAAAAACUCAUCGUGACAGAUUAAUGGUCACUGCCAGUGUUUCUGCUGAGAAAGCGGUCAUCGAUGCCAGUUAUGAAGUUGCACAGAUUGCCAUGCACCUGGAUUUCAUUAAUGUUCUGACGUUUGACUUUCACAGCUCCUGGGAGAAUGUCACAGGACAUCACAGUCCCUUACACCAGGGAUCCAAAGACAAAGGAGACAAAAUCUACUCUAACACUGACUAUGCCAUGCGGUACUGGCGGGACCAGGGAGCACCUACACAAAAACUAAACUUGGGACUAGCAGCGUAUGGGCGAGCUUUUACCCUCUCCUCUGCAUCCACUGAUGUUGGAGCACCAGUUAGUGGUCCUGGUGAAGGAGGCUGCUACACUGAUAAAGAUGGCUUCUGGGCAUAUUAUCAGACUUGCCUAUAUCUUGAAGGGGUUAUCAUCCAGCUGAUUACGGAACAGAUUGUUCCAUAUGCCAUCACAGAAAAUCAGUGGGUUGGAUUUGAUGACAAAGAUAGCCUUGACAGAAAGGUCAGUUACAUUAAAACAAACAACUUUGGAGGAGCCACUGUCUGGUCUCUGGACCUGGAUGACUUUAGAGGACAGUUCUGUAAACAGGGCAAAAACCCCUUCACUGCCCACCUCCAUACCCUCCUGGUUCCAGACCGGGUGUCGAUCAGCGGUGGCAGGAGUGGCAAUCAAUGGAGUGAUGAUGGGCCGGGCUGCGGGUAUAGGAGUCACUCCUGGACUGGUCGGGUAGGAGAUGAGGAUGGCUGA